GAGAGAAGACGGAUAGAGAGAAGACGAUGGGAAGAGAUGGAUGGGAAGAGACGGAUGGGAACAGAAGACAAUGGAACAGAAGACAAUGGAAGAGAAGAUGGAAGAGAAGAUGGAAGAGAAGAUGGAAGAGAAGAUGGAAGAGAAGAUGGAAGAGAAGAUGGAAGAGAAGAUGGAAGAGAAGACGGAAGAGAAGAUGGAAGAGAAGAUGGGAAGAGACAAUGGGAAGAGACAAUUGGAAGAGAAGAUGAUGGGACGGGACGGAUAGGAAGACACGGAUGAAAGAGAACACAGAUAGAGAAAACACGAUGGGAAGAGUAGAUGUAGAUAAUCGUUUCUUGAAAUUGAGCUAUUG